CUUCAAGGACCUCUUCCCGCCAUGACGCGGGAAUAACAUCGAAACGACUGAUUUAUCAAUGAAUCUUAAAACUAGGGGGAACUGUCAAUAUCCGAUUAGACUAUGUAAUCCUCGAGAGCUGUGUAAACACAUUAUUACAGGAAGACAAAACUCUGCUCAUUUCCCUCUUUCGCUGGCUCAUUUAUCCAGGACUUUUCAACAAGACUGGUGGAGAUGAUACUAGAUUUACUUGGUCUGAGGUUGCUUGUCCACUCCCGCCAAUUUGACUGUUUCAGCGACACAAACAGAACAGAUUCCUGCAUUCUCACCCACGGUUGUUGAGAAAUGGCAGCUGUUGGGAGGAGGACGAGAGGUGCAUACGAUGUAGCAGCGCCAAAUCCUCACAGAUUACGCAGACCAAAUCCACAGUCUCAAGGUUCGCCAACUCCUUCAACCUCUCGUGGUAACGCAGGGCCAAGGUCACACGCAAACAGAGCCCCUGUACCACAUGUGCCCGUGAGUGCAGCACCGUUUUGCGACGACCUCAGUCCGCCCACGCCACAUUCUAUCGGAGCGGUGUCACCUCACUGUUACAUAAACUUGCUCAUGAAUCAUGAAGAUCCCAGAAACAUGUACACGUGCAAAAAGCACAAAGGCGAACCACUGGAACAUUACUGCGAGUCAUGUCACGUGGUGGUGUGCAAUUCCUGUAUGACUUCCGAGGAGCACCGGCGGCAUCUAUGUACCAUCUUGUCCGAUGUGUUUGAAGAGAAAAAAGGUUACCUUAUGACUUUUCUGAAAACACUGGAGGAAAGUACAAUGAAAAAAUUGGAAACCCAAUUGCAAUCCUCAGUUGACAAUGUUUCUAGAUAUGAAGAGAAAGUAGAGUGUAUAGAAUCGACAAUUAAAUCUGAAAAAGAUAUGCUAAAGAGCGAAAUCGAUCGAGUUUUCUGUGUGGUCGAAAACGAACUAUCCGUUAUGAAGCAGUUAGACAUGGGGAAACUGGAGAGCGAACAAGGAAAAGUUAAAUCUCAAAUGAAAACUGUGCAAAGCUUCAUAGCUGAAGCAAAACGACAUAUCAAAGGCCAUGACAAGUUUCGCCUGCUGCAAUUCAUGAAUGAACUACCUUCACCCGAGGACAUGACUCGAAACUGUCUUUGUAUGAAAGUCGAACCACCGACCUACGAAAGCGCGGAAAAAGAUUUUAAUCUGUUGAACACUUUUUGUGGAUCUGUCUCUGCUAGCAAACAAUUGCCAGACCACCACAGUCCACUGGUAUCGCCAAGGUUCUUUCGGAGACUACAAAGACAAAUGUCACGGACGUUGAUGCAUCUUCCGUUUGUCAUCAAAUCAUUUGAGAUUGGACUUCAAUGGGAUUUAAAUUUAAGUCCUUGCAAAUCAAAGCAAGAUUGCAUAUGGGCCGGUUAUAAGCAAUGUAAGAUAGUAUUGAUCGAUAGCAAUGGACAGAAAAUGAAGAAAAUUAAAUUUGGAUUCCAUGUGGAAGAUUUUUCAGAAUCAAAAAGCAAAGACAUCUUUGUUACUGUAUUUAAAGAUAAAUGCAUUAAGAGGUGUACACCGAAAGGAAAGGUAAGGAAAUUUUUAGACACUGCAGAUUGGUCACCAUUGGGAAUAUGCACUGACCGGAAUGGCGACUUACUUGUGUCCCUGACCAAAGACGGUGUAGGAAAAGUAAUGAGAUUUGGAACAGAAAAGAAUGUCAUUCAGGACGUAAUUCCACAACGACAAGGGGUACCACUGCUAAGCAAACCUCAUAGGUUAACCGAAAAUGCAGACCACGCCAUCUGUAUUCUCAACGUAACGGAGAGAAACAUAGUCAUUCUACAUGGAAACAUGUCCUACAAAGCGAUAUACGAUGGAUCGGGAGACAGGCGGAAGCAAGCCCAGUUCUAUCCAACAGCACUAUGCACAGACAAGCGAUGCCAUAUCUUAGUGACGGAUCACAACAACCACUGCAUUGAUUUGCUUGAUAGAAAUGGGAAGUUCAUGAUGUACCUCGUCCGAGAGGACAAAAUAAAUAAUCCUCGCUCACUGUGUGUGGAUGGGGACGGGAUGGCAUGGGUGGAAUACCUCAAUGGAAGAGGCGGGUUCAAGAUCCUUAUGUAUUUAUCAUAACUGUGUCAAACGGUUUUAGAAACUUAUACAUUUAUUACACUCGUGUGUCAAAUAUUCUAUCCUGAUUGGUCGAGAAACAUUUGAAAAAUAAAAUGUUUGUGAAACACUGAUACCCCGUAUGAUUAAACUCCGAGGUCAAGAGGUGAAAUAUGAUUGAUUGAUUGAAUAUUGUUUAACGUCCCUCUCAAGAAUCUUUCACUCAUAUGGAGACGUCUGUGUGAAAUAUGACCAACAAACUAAAAAAAGGGGGAGGGGCAUUAAAUUGUCUCGGUCUGUGAGGAAUAAAACCACACAACUCCACCCUGGGUGAUGCCAUUCAGGAAGGUAAACAAUAUUUGACAACGUAACAUGAUACAAAAUAUCACAUGCACCUUUAUGCAGGUAGGAUUGCUGUGAUAUUCAGUAUCGCAGAAAUACACAUUUAAUGUAAUUUAUGGAAAUGUAAUGUACAUUCAGAACUGGGACAAUAAAAGUAUUCAUUAUACCGUAUAACGGGUUAUUUUUGCAUAUCACAAAUUUUGCAAAAAUAUCCCCAAAACACUGUUAAUUUUUAUUUACGUAGUUCUUUGUUUGCGAUUCUCCAUGUUUCAAAUUGACACUUGAUAGUUUUCAAUUUUGUACAGAACAGACAUUACUGUUACACGUGUUGUCACUCAACAAGUUAACAGGUGCGUGUACCGAUUGAGAACACCUGGUCACCGUUUUAAGAUAAUUAGUACAACAUCCGAGGUUGUGCGUUUUUACUCAAUGAAUUAUUCUGUAAAAUAUGUUACACAGUGGGUAUAAAUUUUAUGCGAAUUUAAUUGUUUGCAAUUCAAAAAUACUCGCAAAGAAUGCGACAAUUGGAUUAUCGCGCGAGAAAAAAAAACCCGUUAUACGGUACUAACCAUAUCAAUAUAUUACGUCUACUGUUUUGUAUAACUUAUUCCUGUUAGGCCUAGAGGCAGAUAAUGAAGUCCAUUAUCCUUUUGGACAACAGUUAACCUGAUUUUGAAAGAUCAAUUUAUUCAGAAGUGGUCUUCUGAUAUUGAUGACUCUUCUAAGGACCAGGUUUAUAAACUUUUCAAACAUUGUUUUGGUUUAGAGAAAUAUGUACUUACUCUGCCUGUAAAAUUAAGAAAAUUAUUUAUGAAAUUUCGCACUUCAAAUCACCGAUUACCCAUAGAGACAGGAAGAUGGUAUGGUAUUCCCCAGAAUGAAAGACUGUGUACAUUUUGUAAUAAAGGAGAAAUAGGAGAUGAAUUCCAUUUUAUUUUACAGUGUCCAACUUUUUCACAAUUAAGGAAAAAAUACAUAGACAAAUUUUUUUUAAUGAAAAACCAAAUGUUCUGAAGUUUUCAAAUCUAUUGUCAACUCUAGAUAUCAAAAUAUUAAGAAAUAUCUGUUUUUAUUUCUCAUAUUUUUGAGAUUGUCUGUUGUUCUUCGUAAUUGUUCUUCUGCUACCUCUUAAACGUAUUAGUAUUAUGCUUAUUUAUACAUACAUAGUAUUUUAUGUUCCCCUCUGGUAUCUAAGAAAGCUGUAUUGUUCCAUAUAUGAACCUCUGACGAUUUUUCUUGCAUGUACAUUGCAUUAUAUUUAUUGUACCCCAUGUACCGUUUAACAUGAUUUGAGCGAAAUAAAUUGAAUUGAAUUGAA